CUGGACUGCACCGUGGAACAAGUGCUCAGGCAGGGCCGCCAAGAUCUCUCCACAACGCAUAAUUAGCAUCAGGACGACAGAAGAUCCUGGAGAUCAUCGCUGUUCUGUAGGCUUGGCUAGCGAGGCAAAACAAGACAACACAACAUAUCCGAGGAGCCAUAACGUGCACCAUUGGGAGGUUGCGGGGCAGCACAGACAUUCUCACCCAGCAUCAACGAACCACUUAAAAUUAUAUCGCGGGGCAAGAUCAGGAUCUCAGAUAUGGCUUCGACAAACGACGACGCAAACCGGCCCCCUGCUGCUGCCACCAAUGCCGUUCUGGUCCAGUCGGCCGAGGUGCCAGCAGGCACCCAGAAGGUCGAAGAGAUCGACUUCAACAGCUUCAGAGGACGGCCCAUAACUGUCGAGGACAUGAUGGCAGGUAUGAAACACAUGGGCUUUCAGGCUUCGUCCAUGGGCGAGGCAGUCCGCAUUAUAAACGACAUGAGAGCCUGGAGGGACCCUGAAACCGGAGACAAGACCACCAUCUUCCUCGGAUACACCUCAAAUAUGAUCAGCUCUGGUCUUCGGGGCGUCUUCCGCUAUCUCGUGCAGCACAAUCACGUCUCCGCCAUAGUCACGACGGCUGGCGGCAUCGAGGAGGACUUUAUUAAGUGCCUGGGCGACACUUACAUGUCGUCCUUCAGCGCAGUCGGCGCUGAGCUGCGGGCCAAGGGCAUGAACCGCAUUGGCAACCUGAUGGUGCCGAAUGCGAAUUACUGCGCCUUCGAGGACUGGGUGGUGCCCAUCCUGGACAAGAUGCUAGAGGAGCAAGAGGCGUCAAAAGGCACCGACGACGAGGUCAACUGGACACCAUCGAAAAUCAUCCACAGGCUCGGCAAGGAAAUCAACGACGAGAGAUCCGUAUACUACUGGGCGUACAAGAACAACAUCCCUGUCUUUUGUCCGGCCCUGACGGACGGCAGCCUGGGCGAUAUGUUGUACUUCCAUACAUUCAAGGCGUCGCCCAAGCAGCUCAAGAUGGACAUUGUCGAGGAUAUCCGUCGUAUCAACACGAUAGCCGUCCGAGCAAAGCGGGCCGGUAUGAUUAUAUUAGGCGGCGGAGUCGUCAAGCACCAUAUCGCGAAUGCCUGCUUGAUGCGAAAUGGUGCCGAGUCGGCGGUGUACAUUAACACGGCGCAGGAGUUUGAUGGCAGCGAUGCCGGUGCGCGGCCGGAUGAGGCCGUGUCGUGGGGAAAGAUUAAGAUUGGUGCUGACCAUGUCAAGGUAUAUCUUGAGGCAUCGGCUUGUUUUCCCUUCAUAGUAGCGAGCACGUUUGCAAAGGAGGAUUGACUGUGGUAGGGUCGAGGAGAGGGGACCAAGGGGGCCAGCAGGUAUUGAUGCUCCGCGUCUGGAACUACACGCAAUGUGCUGUUUUGCAUCUCAACCUUGGGGAAUGCCACAAACGAACAAACGACGAGGUCGAUCCCUCGGUCCGUGAAAUGGGGGAAAUGCCGUUGGCGUACCAGAAUUGCGGCACCCGUGGUUGUCGCACGAAGCGAUCCCACAAGUCCUUGGGCUUUCAGACUUGGUCAGAAAAGUAGUGCCAAAAAAUCCCAAAGUUAUAAACAUCCUCCUCAAUCGGAAAGCUG